GAAGGUUGUCUGUAUCCUCUCCGAUUUUUGCUUUCAAUAAUUGCUUCUCUUAAAUUUCCUAAAACCACUCCACUCCACUCCACCGCCAGAAAUCAUUCCUCUUUUCCUUUCUCUUUACUCUACCUUCAAUUUUUCAGUCCCAAAACGCACAGUUUUAACCAUUUCCUCGUCUUCUUCUUCAUUUCUCUCAGCAUCAUCGAUGGCUUCCGCGCCUACCAAUACAUUUCUCACUGAAUUCCCUAACCCUCCGCCCUUCCCUGCCUCGCCUCGCUCUGUAGACUUCUCGCCACUCGAAUUCAUUCUCGCGCUCUUGGCGAUCAUCACAAUUCCCGCUUUGAUCUAUGCUUUCCUUUUUUCGUUGAAGUGUCCUCCCAGGCAGUUUAGACGGCGUCGUAAUUACCUCCAGAGAUCUGAUAGUACUCGUAGCACCACUACUACUACGGCCGAUGAUGACGCCGUUAAAGCAAGUGAGACGGAGGUCGUCGUCGGCGUUAAGAACGAAAAAGAUACUCACGUUACAGGUAUUGGAACCGAAUGUCCAGUUUGUUUGUCUGUUCUUGCUGAUGGAGAUGAAAUUAAACAGCUGAGCGCGUGUAAGCACUCGUUUCAUGCUUCUUGCAUUGACAAGUGGUUGAAAUCUCAGUCUAAUUGUCCAAUUUGUCGCGCUUCAGUUCCCGAUAAGCGUCCUAAUGCCAGCGCCUCCUCCACCAGAGAUGGCGAAGAUCUCCAACAAGACUCAGCACCCCAAGUUUAAAACGACGCAGAUCCGACCUGUCCACGGUUUUGGUAUGUAUGCCCACUGCAAAAUCAAGGUCGGGGCACGACCCACAGCCUUCUGGACGGUGUUUUCCAUGGGUUUUUUUAAGUGGUUGGCCUGUGUAAUUUUGUUUAUUUUUUAUUUUUAUUUUUUUAAAACAAAUACCAACAAUAUGAAUGUUAUUUGUACUUAAUUUUGAAUACCUAAAUAGUAUGACCUUUUUUUUUUA